AUGCAGCUAUGGACGGAACCGAAGCGGAUCAUGCUCGGCACGUUUGUCUACCCCGAUCCGGACACCACCAUCGGGUAUGUCAUGAUUGGCGUCGGCGUCUUGUCCGCGGCCGUGGGGUACGUGCUGGUCCUGGGUCCGCCCCAGUGUGUCAAAGCAGCAUUUUUGAAGACGUUGGCGGGCGUGUUUCACUACAAAGGAGGUGGCACUUUAUCGCCCCACAUAUCCGGCUCAGUGUCGUACAACGGCCUCAGUCCCCGCGACAUUCACGUCGAAGACAUUGCGACGUUUGUCGGCCAAACCGACGAGCACAUUCCGACGCUCACCGUGUUGGAAACGUUCGAGUUCACAGACGCGUGCCGUGGGCCUUCCAACAGCACCGAAUGGCAGCGGUCGACGCCGGCGAUGGUGCACGCGUUGGGGCUGGCCACAUGUGCCCACACUCGCAUGGGCAACGCGAUGAUCCGCGGCAUCAGCGGGGAGCAACGCCGACGGGUAUCUGUCGGUCAAAUGAUGACUGGGCAAACGACCCUGCUUCUCUUGGACGAGUUCACGACAGGGGAUGGACACAACUGUGGCACUCAAUUUGACGACCAAGCUGUGGGGCAUGUGCACGAGGCGCCAGUACACGCUCUUGUGCUCGCUGUUGCAGCCCCCGCCCGGAGUGUUUGCCCUGUUCGACAACAUCCUGCUAUUGAACGAAGGCCCCGUGUGCUACUUUGGACCGCGGUGGCCUGCGUGCCGUACUUUCACUCGAUCGGGUACAUUCGUCCGGACCGGGUGGACGCCGUCGAAUUCAACCAACAAGUGUCGACCGUCUUGGGCAAAUUGACGCGGGAUCCGACCUUCCCCGGUGCGGUGCCCGGCUCCCCCCUCGAUUUUCAGACGGCAUUUCAAACGUCCCCUUUUGCGUCGGCGCUGGUGUUGCCAACACGCAUAGCAACGGCAAAACGUCGCCAACGUCAACCGAUCGUUGCUCAAGGUUUGCGCUUGUGCUCCAACUCCAAGUCAAGUAGGUACAACGGGACAACCGAUUCAAUGAAGUUCGCGUGGGGCAAAGUGCAGUGUUUGGGCUGAUCAUCGGGUCGCUAUUCUGGUAAAUGGACCCCAGCCCGGCGUCCGUCGUGUCCAAAGCCGGACAGUUCUUCCUCACCAUUCUCUUUACGUCCAUGAGCGAUGUGGACUCUCAAAUGGGCCUGAUGUUAAUCGCGUGAUCGCUGUCAUCACAGGUCUACCCGUGGUCGAUGCGGAGCGCCUCGUGUUCGGAUAUACGCCGCGCUGUCAUACUCGCUGGCAGUCGGAAUUGUCGAGCUGCCGUACAUGGCGUUCAAUACGACCGUGUUUGACCUGCUCUUUCUACCACUUCGUGGGGCUUUACCCGACCCCCAACACCCUUGGCUGGUUCUUCGGGCUGUUUUUCGGCUACAGUUUGUGCCAGUUCGUCGCGACCAUGCUGCCCGACGCUCGGCAUCCACGGGCGCGUUGGCCCCCAACCCGGUAACCGUCAGUCAGAACGCCGACUCGGUCUUUGACGGGUCCAACUUGUACGAUACCAAGACAUCAUCGCGCUCUUGACGUGGAUUGUGCUCCUUCGUGUGGGCAACAUGUUAUCGCAAGCCUAUAUUUCCCACGUAACGCGAUGAUACCCGACAACACAAUAAGCUACGUCCAGGACGAUGACACUCUACUUCAAGUUACAUAUAUGAUUGAGAAAAUCAUAUGUGAGCAUCUAAAUGUGUUGGAUGCGCGCGGGUGUUAUAGUUGCCGAGGUGCCUUCAUGCUAUCGCUCGAUCUCUCACACUUUGUGUCGGGUUCAAGUGUCACAUGUGACCAAAAU